UUACUUUCAAAUUGGAUACUCCAUGAGUUCUGCUCCUGAUCAGCAUUACGUUACGCUUUUAAAAUUUUGUCCGAGAACAUUCCUUUAAAGACCAUGGCGUUGGACUGCGCGUCGGUGACAUCGAAACAUCUGACUGUUUGGUUUGUGAUUGUCGUCUGUGCAGCUUACCACCUCGUCUCGGUGACGGCCUGCGGUGCGGUCUAUGAGCAUACCAUCGACGACUUCUGCCUGACCAAGUUCCAGAUGGACAUGGAGGCCCUGGACCAGAGCCUCUGGUGCAGCUGGGAGGACACCCUAGAGCUGUAUGGAGAACUGACCAACUGCACCUAUGUAAUUGCUGUCAAGAUGGACUGCUUCUGGCCCAACAGGCUGGUGGACGAGUUCUUCAUCCGGGUUCACCGACUCUACUUCAAGAACUGCUCCCUGUCAGGGAGGCUGCUGCAGGACCCCCCAAACCGCAUCCUGGGGCCCUUUAUCCUGGUCCCAGUGCUGGUCACCUUGCUCAUGACAGCGCUGGUUGUUUGGAGGAGCAAGCGUAGCGAGGGUAUAGUAUAGAACACCAUCACCUCCACUGGCCCUUCCCUCUCACCCGAUCUGACUUGGCUCAUCCGGACUGGGCCAGCUGAUGAUGGACGGGCAUCAACUACACCCAACUACAGCGGCAGUACCAAACUGUUGCUGUGUGAAGGUAAUGGGCAAGAUAAAGGACCCUUAAAAGAAAGACAAUGAGGGAAAAGAGCUAUUCAAAGAGACAUGCUGCUAGAGCACAUCUGACAAAGACCUUUGUGACCUUUAGAAUCCUCCUAUCAGAGAGGGGAGAAAACCUCAUAAAAGAACAGCAUCCAUACAGUGGAUAUGAAUGCCAGCACUUUUCUUAUUCUGCUAUCACUGGAGGGACUGUAUAUCCACCAUCACAUGAUGCCCUGGCCUGUGCACUGAGGGAUUAUGGCACAAGUGAUAGGAAGUGUACUGUGGGAUCUUUUCAAAUAAGACCCCUACAACACAGCUGGGAGACGAAGAGCCAUUGUGUGGUGUCUGUUCUAUAAACCCCUGAACUCUGCAUUCAACAUGUUGUAUUCCACAUGUAGAAAAAAAAACAAC